UUUGUUUGACCUCGAGAUCUACCGCCUGGGCCUUCGCUUGGCCGUUUGCGCUGUCACUGCCAAGCCCAACUGAUCUUGGAGGUUUGGGCCCAACAAGCCUUGCUUCUCGUGCCAAGGCUUGUUUAACCGCGGGAUCUACAUUGCCCGGACCUUUUGCUGUUUCCGUUGCCGUCGCCAAGCGCAGCUGAUCUUUUGAGGUGAUCCGUGAGGCUCUUGCUCAACUCACCGUCUGUCAGGUGCCAGGAUCCGCUGCGACGUGCAGAUCUUCUCGCGGUGGAUCCACAAUUCGUUCUACAGGACUCCUGUGCAGGCCGGGCCAGUGGAAGACGCCUGGUGCCCAGCAGAUUCCAGCAGCAGCAUGUGCACAUGUGACUUUCAGAGGAGUUGGUCAGAAUUUGGCAGACGAGUUGAUCAGACUUUGGAUGUGAGGGCUUGCGAAGCUGAUUUUGGCUGAAAUCUGAAAGUUGCUUGUGGAUCUUGUUGCUAUGUCCUUCAAUGCAGUUGCGGGCUAUCUCGGCGACCUUGCCCGCGGCAAGCGUGAGGGUGACGGCGAGCCGGCCAAGUCUGACUGGGAAGACUUGCAGGCCGCCGUCUUGGCCGGUGACACAAAGGCCCUGCAGGUGGCCGACGCAGUGAUGGCGCAGGCCAAGAGCCGCACUGACGCCGAGCGCAUGGAGGCGUUGGGGCGCCUCCUGCAGGAGGAGUCCGUGGAGGACUGGCGGAGCCUGCAGCUUGGCGCUCCGCGUGCAGCCAUGCCUGCCUCUGACAGCGUCUCAUCCAGGGACCCCAGGAACCUCAGGGACCCCAGCAACGCCAGGCGCCCCAGAAACCUCAAAACUUUCAGAGACCCCUGAAACCCCCGCCCUCCAGGGCACGACAGCUUGUGACUUCCGCGGUGCCGAUUUCGGUUGCUUGUUUUGCAGGAUGUGGGUCAGCCAGUCUGACGGAUGGACGCUGCGAAGCCUUGCAAGGCUUGGCCCGACCGACCUUCAGGCCGCGAGUGAAAAGGAGGAGGAGCACCCGUGCGUUGGUGUUGCCAAAGAAGCCAGUCAAUCUUGUGUUUGCUCUGGAAACUUGGCUCGAGGGUACUCAUCAACACUGAC